CUCUCUCCAAACCGCGCCUGUGAAUGGGGCUGGCGGUCUACAGCCCCGAAAACACCAUGUAAAAGUAUAAAAAGUACACAGAACGCAAACUAUUGAUUUUUCUCAUUAUUAGUUCCGUCAGUCCACGCGUCGGGGGCAACGCUUGUAUUUCGGAAGAGAGCGUGAGUGAGGGCACAGAUUAAUCCCGUGCAAGGUAGCAGACAGAUACCAUGCAGAUAAGUGAUGGCCCCAGUUACUUCCCGGUCUUUGUGGCCCCGCCCAACGUCAACCACCGGUCACCAGGAUUCGUCCCCGGCAGAGUUGUACCUGUCCACUCCCCGCCUCCAACUAAGGCCCCACCCCCUCCCCCGAAGCCCAUUGGCCCACCUCCUGAGCGCCGGGCGACCUUUAGCCUAUCAGAGAAUGGCCACCGCCUGGAGGGUGGUCAGAGGAAGAGGAAUACUUUAAUAUGCUUCGGUGUCUCAAUGGGGGCCUUCUUCUUCUCGAUCAUCCUCAUCCACAGCCUCACUAGUGGAGACGUGUUGGAUGGGAACUGUCCAGACCACAGCACCUCCCUGAGCAGCUGGAACCCUGGUCACAACCCAGAGAAGGCCAUGAUCGUUCAGAGGGGAGAUCUGUUUCGAUUGGAGUCUUCUGCCACCUUAUACUCCCUAACCAUCCAAUCAGGAGGCCGAGUGGUCUUUGCAGACAAUGCUGAGGGCUCCAAAAACAUCACUCUCAGAACGCGCCAUGUGCUGAUUGAAGACGGGGGUUCGCUGCACAUCGGUGCCCCCAAAUGCCGCUACCGCUCCAAGGCCACAAUCGCCCUGCUGGGCCGUUCAGACGAAAAGGCAGUCGCGGAAGUACCGGAAUUGGGCCGGAAGUUCAUCGGGGUGCGUGGUGGUGCAACCCUAGAGAUUCACGGGACAGAAAGGCUGUCGUGGACCCUCCUGACCCGCAGCGUCUCCUCUUCAGGUCUAGCCAUGGGGGGCUAUGCCUUCCAGCGCAACUUUAGCCGUGGCAUCAACCUGCGUGUGGUGGACCAGGACACGGCCAGUGUGCUGUUCAGCGAGCGCUACGACACGCACGAGUCACGCAACGACAGCCAGCGGCUCACACAGCUGCUCCGGUCGCUGCCUGCGAGGCGCAUCGUCACGCUGGCCGUGGGAGACUCAGCUGUCAAGAGCCUGCUGGACGAGACCAAGAGAACCAUCCAGAGCCUGCUUGGUAGUACAUACGUCCAUGACCUCAAAUACAGGCAGGCCUGGGCCUUGGUAUCUGUGAUUGGUGGAGGGAACGGCUCGUGUUCAGAAGCCGUGCGGGAACAUGAGAACCACGACACAGGAGGGAAGGCGCUGGCCCACCAGAACUUCACCACUGUGGACGGGGUCGGCUUCUCUGUCACAGCCUACAGCGAAUGGAAGAACGGUUUUCCCAUAUCUGGCUUCCAGGUUGAUGCUGUGGACCAGGUUGUGCUGAACCUGCAAGAUGAUGUACGCACUUGGCAACCUGGGAACCAGGUUGUGGUUGCCAGUACUGACUACUCCAUGCAUCAGGCAGAGGAGUUCACCCUCCUCCCAUGCCCGAGCUGCACCAGCAGACAGGUCAGAGUUCAAGGGAGGCCCCAGUUUGGCCAUGUGGGGGAGAUUGUGGACGGGGUGGACAUGCGGGCAGAGGUAGCAAUGCUCAGCAGGAACAUACUCAUCUAUGGGGAGAUGGAAAACGCCUGCUAUGGAAACAACUGGUGCCAGUUCUUUGGCCACGACACGUACGGCGGACACAUUAAGAUAUUUGGGAAUUUUACCUCAGUGCACCUGUCCCACGUGGAGUUGAGGAACAUGGGGCAGCAGAAGAAGGGCCGCUACCCAGUCCACUUCCACCGCUGUGGGGACGUGGACCGACGAGGGGGCUACCGGGAACCAACCUACGUGGACGGCCUAUCCAUCCACCACUCCUUCUCCCGCUGCAUUACCAUCCAUGCCACCAACGGCCUGCUGGUGAAGGACACUGUAGGCUAUGACACCCUGGGUCACUGUUUCUUCCUGGAGGACGGGAUAGAGCAGAGGAACACGUUCUUCCACAACCUGGGUUUGGUGACCCGACCGGGAACGCUCCUGCCCACCGAUCGCAAUGAGACCAUGUGCACCAGCAUCCGAGACAAAGUGUACAAGAACUACACCCCUUCACCGAGCAUGGAGUGCAAGGCAGUGUCUACGUUUUGGAUCGCCAACCCCAAUAAUAACCUCAUAAGCAACGCUGCUGCUGGCUCCCAGGAUGCAGGGAUAUGGUAUGUCUUCCACAGCUCAUCCACGGGGGACUCUCAUGGGCUGGUUCCAGAGACCCGGGCAGAGCUGACCCCUCUGGGGAUCUUCUACAACAACCGUGUGCACUCCAACUUUAAGGCUGGGCUCUUCAUUGAUAAAGGUGUAAAGACCACCAACGCAAGUGCUGCAGACCCCCGGGAGUACCUAUGUCUGGACAACAAUGCCAGGUUCCGUCCUCAUGAGAAUGCAGACCCAAACCGGCCGCGGGUGGCUGCUCUCAUCGACACACUCAUCGCCUUCAAGAACAAUGACCUCGGAGCCUGGAUACGUGGCGGUGACAUCACCAUUCAGAACUCUGGAUUUGCAGACAAUGGGGUGGGACUCUCCUUUGCGAGUGACGGUAGCUACCCUAAGGAUGAGGGCUCCAGUCAGGAGGUGACCCAGUCUCUGUUUGUGGGAGAAAGCCGCAACCGCGGCUCCAACGGAGGCCAGAACAAGUACUGGGGCCAGGGAGGAGCAGAUGGCAAGAUGAGGACACUACCCAGGAACAGGACAUUCCCGAUCCGUGGCUUCCAGAUCUACGAUGGUCCUGUUCGGCUCACCCAGAGCACUUUCCGAAAUUAUGUCCCGACGAUGGAGCGCUUCGCCAGCGCAGUGGGCUUCAACCUGAAGAACACCUGGCAGCUCACGCCCCGCAACAACCUGUCCAAGCUCAGCUUCCGGCCCACUGUGGGUCUGAGGGUGUUCUUCGGGCAUCCGGGCCAGUGGUUCGAGGAGAAUGAUCUGGACGGGGAUAAGAACUCCAUCUUCCAUGACGUGGACGGCUCUGUGACGGGCUACAGGGACGUGUAUGUGGGCAGAGCAGACAACUACCUGAUCCGUCACCCCGACUGUGUCAACAUCACCCAGUGGAACGGGUUGGUCUGCAGUGGCACCUACUCUCAGGUGUAUAUCCAGACCCAGGGAGCUCCCAGCCUCAGUCUGUCCAUCAGUAGAGAUGAGUACCCUGAGGCUCCCCUGGUGCUGAGAGGUAUCAACAGCCAGCGGGCGCUGUCCCAGCAGUACCAGCCUAUCCUCAUGAUGAGCAAGAGCUACACCCUGCACUGGGACGGCCCAGCUCCCAGAGAGAUUGUCCUCUCCCUCAUCAACUUCAACCAAGGUGACUGGGUGCUGGUGGGCCUCUGCUACCCGCCUGAUACCACAUUCCAGGUCAUGGCUGACGUCAACAACCGCCAGAGCAACACCUUCGAUGACAUCACCGACUACGGGCCCUUGUACUCCCUCGCCGAGCUGGAGAAGAAGCCGCUGGAGAGGAAGUACUACUUUGACCACAGUGUGGGAUUGUUGUGGCUGUAUUUGCAGGCGAGGCAGAGACGCGACGGCCACAGCUACUGCUCGGUUAAGGGCUGCGAGAGGGUGAAAGUGAUGGCCACCACGUCGUCCUCCAAACUGACCUGUAACUGCACGGCCAAGGCCUACCCCAAAUACACCAAGGCCCCCUCGGCAGUGGUCCCCAUGCCCACCCUCAGCACCCAACCUUGCAGGGACUGUGGAGCCUCCCAGCUGGUGUUUUCCAGUGACCCGUGGAACGCCUACCUCCAAACUCAGAUCAAGUCUCUCAGCAGCAAGGAGCAGCAUAGUGGAGACACACAGUCCUUCAUCACUGUGAACAGUGAGACAUUCUCCUUCACACAGCCAGGCUUCUUCCUGGUCGCUGUGGACGCCUGCUCUGGAAAAGUCACAAAGAAGUCAUCUUUCUCCAAAAUGGACUCUAAAAUGGAGCAGUAUUUUAAAACUGGAAUACCAAAGAGGUCAAUAGUGCUUCUUGGAACGCGAGGGCAGCCUGAUGGCAUAGCCGGUGUUGCACCGUAUCUGGUCCCCCUGGGCAUGGCCAAGGCAGCAGAUCUGCAGAGUAAAGAGAGCCUGGUGUUUUGGGGGUUCCAGGGUGGCUCUUCCCCCCCUCCGUGGGCCUCUAUCCUAGCUGGGCAGGGUGAGGAGGGGCUGGGGCUGCAGGAGCGCUACCUCCCCCUGGGCCUGGAGGCCUACGGCUGCACACAGACCAGCACUCGCAGAGACAUGGAGCUACUUAGGACCGCCACAGGACCAUAGUGACUAAUGAGAACACAACUUACCCAAAACACAAUCAACCAGCGAAUGAAUGUGAACUUCUAUUAUUUAUUAUUUUAUUGGCAAAGAUGUUUACUAAUGUGUGUGUGUGUGUGUGUGUAUGUGUGUGUGCGCUCGCCUGCCUGGGUGUGGUGUAGUGGGAUGUGUGUGUGGGGCAUGGGGAGGGUCUGUAGAUGCAUGAAAAUAUGCACUUUCCUAGUCACAUGAUUUGCAAUAUCAGCCAAUCAUCUCACUGAGCCAUGAAUUCAUAUUCAGCCUUCAAUGAAAACAACCAAAAAGAUGCUGCACAUCUACCAUAUUUCAACAAAUUAGACUGGAAACAGGAAAUCAAUGGGGGGUGGAAAGCAGAUGAACAAAGUAACCACAUCAAACUGGUGUGGUCUAUCACUCCUAUCCUGUUCCCCCUGGUGCUGCUCACCACAUCCAUAGACCAAACGCAUCAUUAAGAAGAGGACUGGCAAAGGAAAAACACUCAUUAUUCCACCUUUGUCCCCCCCGUCUGUUUCCUUGCAGGCCCCUGGGGGGGGGCAGCUACUAGAUCUGUUGAAAUGGGAUUUUACUAAACAAAUCAUCUAAGUGUAUUAGAAUGAAACUAUUUUCUAUGGGAUUACAUUGAGACUGUUGCAUUUUCAACAACAGUUUUUUUUUCCCCCAAGGAUGUGUCCUUUUUUGUAAAUAUUUAUUUGAUCUCUAGACAGUGACACUUUCCCCAGGGCUGGCUACGUGUGUAGUGGAGAUGGGUUGUUUCUCUUCUUUUUCUUCUCAUUAUCUCACCAUUGAAACGGUGUUUCCAACUCAUUUACCUUUUAGUAUGGUUAUGUGCACUCCCUUGCGUAUUUAUUUGGACAGUGAUGUUAAAAUAUUUCAUUUGGCUUUAUACUCCAUUUUGGAUUUGAGAUCAAAUGUGUUAUGAGGCGACAGUACAGAAUGUCACCUUUUAUUUGAGGGUAUUUCUAUACGUCUGUUAUGAGGUUUAGAAAUUAAUGCUCUUUAUGUACAAUAUCUAGUCCCCCCCCACCUCCCCCCAUUUGAAGGUGGAUAAGUAUUUGGACAAAUUCACUUGCAGUGUAUUGAAUUUAGUCGAUAACGUUUAGCAUUUGGUCUAAUUCAUACAGCAGCACUCAAUGACUACAUCAAGCUUGUGACUACACACUUGUUGGAUGCAUUUGCAAUUUGUUUUGGUUGUGUUUUGGAUUAUGUUGUUGCCAGUAGAAACGAAUGGUAAGUAAUCUGUUAUGUCAUUUUGGAGUCACUUUUAUAAUCGACCAAUUAUGAUUUUUCAACGCCGAUACUGAUUAUUGGAGGACCAAAAAAAGACGAUACCGAUUAAUCAGACUUUUUUUUUUUGUAAUAAUGACAAUUACAACAAUACUGAAUGAACACUUAUUUUAACUUAAUAUAAUACAUAAAUAAAAUCAAUUUAGCCUCAAGUAAAUAAUGAAACAUGUUCAAUUUGGUUUAAAUAAUGCAAAAAAAAAGUGUUGGAGAAGAAAGUAAAAGUGCAAUAUGUGCUAUGUAAGAAAGCCAAUGUUUCAGUUCCUUGCUCAGAACAUGAGAACAUAUUAAAGCUGGUGGUUCUUUUUAACAUGAGUCUUCAAUAUUCCCAGGUAAGAAGUUUUAGGUUGUAGUUAUUACAGGAAUUAUAGGACUAUUUCCCUCUAUACCAUUUGUAUUUCAUUACAUUAUUUCACUUUGGUUACACCAGCCUCAUCUCGGGAGUUGAUAGGCUUGAAGUCAUAAACAGUGCAAUGCUUGACACACAACAAAGAGCUGAUGGCAAAACGCACGAAAGUGCUGUUUGAAUGAAUGUUUACACGCCUGCUUCUGCCUACCACCGCUCAGUCAGAUACUUAGAUACUUGUAUGCUCAGUCAGAUUAUAUGCAAUGCAGGACACGCUAGAUAAUAUCUAGUAAUAUCAUCAACCAUGUGUAGUUAACUAGCGAUUAUGAUUAAUGCUAGCUAGCAACUUACCUUGGCUUACUGCAUUCGCAUAACAGGCAGUCUCCUUGUGGAGUGCAACGAGAGAGAGGCAGGCAGUUAUUGCGUUGGACUAGUUAACUGUAAGGUUGCGAGAUUGGAUCCCCCGAGCUGACAAGGUGGAAAUCUGUCGUUCUGCCCCUGAACAAGGCAGUUAACCCACCGUUCCUAGACCCGUCAUUGAAAAUAAGAAUGUGUUCUUAACUGACUUGCCUAGUUUAAAAAAUAUAUAUAUAUUAAAUCGGCAAAUCGGCCCUAAUUAAUCGGCCAUUCUGAUUAAUCGGCCAACCUCUAUUCUAAAUAUGAGUAGAAGGUUAGCAAUUUUGGGGGGUAUGACAUGUAUGUCUUUAACUUUCUCACUCAUCAUUAUUCACGAUUCAUCCAUGAUUGUCCGUAAACAUGGUAGCAUCCAAGUGUUGAGAUAAUAUUAUAUUUUGAAUUACAAUAAACGUGACUUCAAAAUGACAGAAUACAAUAUUUACCAUUCGUUUCUAGUGGGCAGAACAUAAUCCGAAACACAACCAAAACAAACUGUGAAUGCAUCCGACAAGUUUGUAGAGUCGCAGACUUGACGUAAACAUUGCAUGAUAGGAAUAUGGGACCAAAUCCCAAAUGAUUGACUACAUGUAAUGCACUAAGUGAAUUGUCCAAAUGCUUAUGACACCUUUAAAUGGGGGGACUAGAUGCAUAAAUUGCAUUCAGUUCCAAACAGUAAAACAUGUAUGAAAAUACCCUCACAUAAAAGGUGGCAUUCUGUACUGUAUCGUGAAAUAAAACAUUUGAUCUCAAAUCCAAAAUGCUGGAGUAUAAAGACACAUUUGAAGUUUUACCUUCCCUGUACAAAUAAAUAUCUAUAGGAAUGUGUUGUUUAUUAUGUAUCAAUGCCUAAAGUAUGUGUUUUACAGGAGUCCGAGGGACAUUUUACAAGGUAAACAUUGCCUUAUAACGAACAGACUAGUAGUCCAUACCAAAACCAAGGCUUACUGUACCUCUCAGGGCUCCGUAGGUGAUUUGAGCAGGGCUUCCCACUGUGGCAGUGAUUAGUGACUUUCUGGAUGUGAUUGGGAGUAUUCUUUUUAGCUGGUGAGCCAGAUUUCACAAAUAAAUUGUAGAAAAUG